AUGGCAUCUUCCUCUUUGACUCCGGUAAUGAAAGAAGACGGAGAGUGUAGAAACUGGGCUGAUCUUCCGUCUGAACUGAUUUCAUUGAUCCUGCGCAGGCUCGACUCGACUGACAUAUUGGAAAACGCUCAAAAAGUGUGUACAACAUGGCGUCGCGUCUGUAAAGACCCUGCCAUUUGGCGCAAGAUUUUCAUGCGCGACCCAUUAGUCGACAUUAUCUCACUGUUCAAAGGGUACGACCUCAAGGCCAUGUGCUGUCACGCAGUCGAUCGUAGCGAGGGAGGCUUGGUCGAGAUCGACAUUUUGUAUUUUGGUACUGAUUCUCUCCUCAACUACAUUGCUGAUAGAUCAAGUAACCUGAGAAGCCUUAGACUUGCUAUGUGCUCUUCAAUAACAACUGAUGGACUUACGGAAGCAGUUGUGAAACUUCCAUUGCUUGAAGAACUUGAGGUCUCAUACUGCUCAUUCUCCGCAGAGUCUCUGAAAGUUGUAGGCCAGUCUCUUCCUCACCUGAAGACUCUGAAGCUAGACCGCCGCCCCGGCGGUCCUCCUUGGUUCGCGAACGUGAGUGAUAUUGAUGCUCUGGCUAUAGCUGAAACAAUGCCUGGACUUCGCUUCCUCCAGCUUCUUGGAAAUCUAUUAUCAGACGUUGGUUUAAACGCCAUUCUUGAUAGUUGUCCUCACCUGGAACAUCUUGAUUUACGUCAGUGUUUCAAACUUAACUUUGACGGAGAUCUGGAGAAGAAAUGUUCUGAUAGGAUCAAAGUUUUUAGACGACCUCGUGACUCGGCUGAUGAUUUCCCAUUUUAUGCAACUAUAUUCGACCAUGAUGGUUAUUACGUUGUAAACGAUCCUUAUGAACGAUAG